AAGCCCAAAGCCACAUCAACUAAUCUGCGAUCGAAAACUCACCUCGACCAGAGAUCUCGACGCGAGCGCUUCCCCAAGUCGACCGAAACCCUAGAGUAGAGACAGAGCGGCGGCCAUGGCGAUUAUCUCCGAGGACAUCAUGCAGGAGGACGAUGUUUCGACGCAGCCGCAGCACGCCGUGAAGGAGAACAGCACGGAAGUGGAGAAGAAGGAGAAGGACGAGAGCAAGGGGAGACAGCCAAACUCGGGCAACGGCCUCGACCUGGAGAAGUACUCGUGGGCGCAGCAGCUACCAGAGGUGAACAUCUCCGUCCCCCUCCCUGAAGGAACGAAGGCGAGGUUCGUCGUCUGCGAGAUCAAGAAGGACCACCUCAAGGUCGGACUCAAGGGCCAGCCUCCCAUCAUCGAUGGUGAGCUGCACAAACCAGUUAAGGUCGAGGACUGCUUCUGGAGCAUCGAGGACGGAAGCUUGCUGUCCAUACUGCUGACGAAGCGUAAUCAGAGCGACUGGUGGAAAUCGCUGAUCAAAGGCGAUCCGGAGAUCGACACCCAGCGCGCCGAGCCGGAGAGCAGCAAGCUCUCGGAUCUGGACCCGGAGACCAGGGACGAAGCUCCCUUGUAGGCAUUGGGGUCAAUUGACCCCAAUGAAAUGAGGAAAACCUUCAUUAAUUUAGUACUAAACACUAUGUAUUUAUUGAGGAUGACCCCAUUGCCAUAGACAUGACCCCAGCAAACUUUUUCCUAGCUUCGUCCCUGCCGGAGACGAGGCGGACCGUGGAGAAGAUGAUGUUCGACCAGCGCCAGAAGCAGAUGGGCCUGCCCACCAGCGAGGAGAUGCAGAACCAGGACAUGCUCAAGAAACUCAAGUCCCAGUACCCGGACAUGGACUUCUCCGGGAUGAAGAUGCCUUCUUAGAUUGUCUCUUAGCUGGAGCCUAGAGGAUUUAAGGUGAUAAUGCCGAAGAUUUUAGAUGGAGAAAUCGCUUCUACCUUAAUUAGUACUUUCUAUUUGGGUGUCUUAGGACUUUAUGUCUGUUUACGCGUGUACGUAUCUUUUGCACUUUGCUAUUUGGAUGACUUGGUUUA